CUCAAUCGUUUCAUUUGAGAAUGUGGAGUCGGUGACAUCGUCGAGGAAACCUCUCUGGCGUGAUGCUUGCGCGCAGCAGGUUUGAUUGAUUAUUCUGUGAUUUUCUCCGACUCGUUUCAUACGAAUCUUAUACACGGCGCCAUGGCCUCCAGAUCACUGCCCGCUACUCUUACACGGCGAUUGCUUGCCACUCCGCGAACUUCGCGCAUUGCCCCUCGGUCGUUGGCAUAUGCGUCUGCACGAACACAAUCAUUGUGGGAAUCGUAUCGUCCUGCAGUGCGAAUCGCGGGCCAAAGAAGAGCUUUCAGCUCGUCGCCACGGACAAGACUCGCCGACGUAGACGAUACAUUCGACCCCAAGUCGAUAGAACGCGAAGUCGAUGAGGUCGACGUCUGUAUUGUGGGUGGAGGACCCGCGGGGUUGUCGGCUGCCAUCAAGUUGAAGCAGCUGGCGAAUGCGGCAGGCAAUGAAGACUUCAGGGUGCUGCUGCUGGAGAAGUCUGGCGAACUGGGCGACCACAUCGUGUCUGGCAAUGUUAUUGAGCCCUCUGCCCUCGACGAGCUGCUCCCAAACUGGAGAUCAGAAGACAACCCAGAGCGCUUCUUCGAUAUCACGCCCGCAAAAGAGGACCGCAUGCGCUACCUCACCAAGAAUAACUCCAUUCCUCUGCCCAAGCCUCCGCAAAUGAACAACCACGGCAACUACAUUAUAAGCCUGAACCAGAUGGUCAAAUGGCUCGGCGAGCGCGCAGAGGAAGUCGGCGUGGAGGUAUAUCCGGGGUUUGCUGCGUCAGAAAUAUUGUACAACCAUGAAGGGGUUGUUAAGGGCGUCGCCACCAAUGAUCUUGGUGUUUCGCGUGAGGGCAAGGCCAAGGACUCUUUUGAGCGCGGAAUGGAGUUUCAUGCCCGUGUUACACUGUUGGGCGAAGGUUGUCACGGUAGCUUGUCAAAGCAAGUCAUCAAGAAAUACGACCUGCGGAGAGACAGCCAGCAUCAAACAUACGGUCUGGGAAUCAAGGAGGUGUGGGAGAUUCAGCCCGAGAAGUUCAAGUCUGGGCAGAUUACCCACUCCAUGGGAUACCCUCUGCCCAGAGACACAUAUGGAGGCGGCUGGAUGUAUCACUUUGGUGACAACUUGGUCAGUAUUGGACUUGUGGUCGGUCUGGACUACCCCAACCCAUGGCUGGCCCCCUAUGGCGAAUUCCAGAAGAUGAAGCAUCACCCGCUCUACAAGGACGUGCUCGAAGGCGGUAAGUGCAUAUCUUAUGGCGCAAGGACAUUGAUCGAGGGUGGAUUUCAGUCGAUACCAAAACUCGCCUUCCCUGGCGGUGCGCUCCUCGGAGACUCAGCCGGUCUAGUCAACGUACCAAAAAUCAAGGGUACGCACACUGCGAUGCGCUCAGGCAUGCUCGCCGCUGAAGCGACAUGGGACGCCCUGCAGGGCAAUACCGACGGCGGCACUGUCUUCCUCUUUGAUUACGAGGACAAGAUGCGCAAAUCGAGCGUCUGGUCAGAGCUUAAGCAAGUCCGCAACAUGCGACCCUCAUUCCACACUAAACUCGGCAUUUACGGUGGCGUCGUUUACUCAGGUCUCGAGGCAUAUGUCUUCCGCGGCAAGACGCCCUGGACACUCAAGCAUGGCACGCCUGACCAUGCAAACACCAAGACCGCGGACCAGUGCGAGAAAAUCGAGUACCCGAAGCCUGAUGGUAAAAUCAGUUUCGACAUCUUGACGAGUGUCAGCAGGAGCGGAACGAAUCACGAGGAAGAUCAGCCUGUGCAUCUCCAGGUAAAGGACUGGGAUGCACAUGCGGCGAAAGAGUGGCCCAAGUACAAGGGUGUGGAGAACCGGUUCUGCCCGGCUGGCGUGUACGAGUAUAUUGAGGAUGACAGCAAAGAAUUGGGGGUCAGGUUCCAGAUCAACGCUCAAAAUUGUGUGCACUGCAAGACUUGCGACAUCAAAGAUCCUAGCCAAGAUAUCAACUGGCAAACACCCCAGGGUGGUGAGGGACCCAAGUACGUGCUCACAUAGACGUGCGCCAAACGACCACGUAUAAGCUUGCAAUUGGUGUGUAUGAUAGCAAGGCUGGAAUGUAUAUAUGAAUUGCCUUGAGAUGAUGCCGCACGACUUGCACAAUGAAAAUGCAAAACAGCAAAAACAUUACACAACCAUAUAUCAACACGUAUCGUAAAUUUUUUCGACUUUGCGUGUAAGCGUGCGGUCAUCGUUAAACAAAUCAC